AAAGGAUCUGUAGUGCACUCCUUAUUUAUCGGAUUAAGACUCAAUUUACUUGCUUUCAAACUACUGACCGGGCCGGUACCCUAGAAUGGGGGACUCAUUUUUUUUUGUUAUAAAAGCAUCUGGGGAGAGUUGGAUUUGUUUUACUUUUUUUGUUUUUAAAAUUGAGAAACCAUUUCCAUUGCAGAGAGACUUUGGAAAGUUUUUUUUGUCAUUGUGAUAUAUGUCUUUUCCCACGCCACGACUUCAUAGGUUAUCACAGAAAGAGUGAUAUCUGUCAUUGUGAUAUCUGUUCAUCCUUUUUUGUGAUAAAAGCAUCUGUGGGGAUUUAGAUUUUGUUUUACUUUUUCUGUUUUUAAAAUUGAGAAGCCAUUUCUAUUGCAGAGAGACUUUGGAAAGUUUUUUUUUGUUAUUGUGAUAUCUGUCAUUUUCCAUGCCACCAUCUUCAUACGUUAUCACAGAAAGAGUGUAGCUGUGUGCAAUAUAUGUUAUUGACGUCCUUUAUUGUUAUAGUACAUCUCUAAGGCCACUUAUAAUAUGUAAAUAUCCACAGGAUCGGCAGGAGCUGGGUAUGGAUUUAAACCACAUGUCAUCACAAUAAAAGCUGGGGAGGAUGUACAUGGAAAACUAAUGUCAUUUUCUCAAAAUGCGUCACAAGCGGUCUGUGUUAUGUCAGCAAGUGGUGCCAUAUCUAAUGUAACACUCCGUCAACCAGCAACAGCUCGUGGGUCUGUGACAUAUGAGGGACGGUUUGAAAUCCUGUCUCUUUCUGGCUCCUUCCUAUUCUCUGAAGCAGGUGGUGAACGCACAGGCAGGUUGAGUGUUUCUCUAGCAGGGCCAGACGGUAAUGUUAUAGGCGGCGGUGUUGCUGGUCUUCUGAUUGCAGCAGCUCCUGUUCAGGUUAUUGUGGGGUGUUUCAGCAUGGGUGAGGUUGAACAGGUACAGAAGCCAGGCCAUCCUGAAGGGCAGAUCACUCCACCUUCUCUGGGUGCGCUGCCUGUCUCGGGAGCCAAAAGCCCGCCUUCCUUUGGGUCAUUAAGCGCAUCCAGCGGCGGCGGAGGAGGCCCUGCCAGCCCUCCGCCACUUAACCAGCACCACCAUGAACCUUCAACUAGCAGUCCUCCUGGAGUUGCAAGCUUCCCGUGGAGGUAGUACUAUACAGAAGCUUUUGGAAGGAAACAUCAAAGUCUCAGAACUCUUGUAAGUCUAAUGUUCUUCUAGGAACUCUCCCCAAAUAGUAUAACAAAUUUCGUAGGGAAGAAUUUUGACUAUAUAGUGUAGUGCCUAUGUAAGGGGAUGGUGCCCUCUCACUUCUUUGAAUCUUACAAACAUUUGGGGAUGGUUCAUUUCUUCCCGUGUUAUUUGCUUUUCAAUAGCUGAACAAAAUCCAGAAAACGAAUAAGUGGGCCCCCACAAGUGAGAGGGUGGAUAUGAGAGGGGUGUUCUUUGUCUCCCGUAAAAAAAAUUUACACGUGAUCGAUCACACAGUUAUUAAUACAGGGAAGAGGAACAUGUGACCUUUUGGAAAGGGAGGAGAGGGGAACAUUCUAAUUUCCCAUGCUCAUUCCAAGUUACUUGUUGCUCAAGAUUUCAGUUGAGUUUCGAGCAAGGAAAUCUUAUUAGGGUUCAAUUCAUUGUUUUUUAUGUAAGUUUAUAUCAGUUUAAAGAAUGUUAAUAAAAAAAAGAAACACUCUAAAACCUU